CCGAAAGCGUCAAAGAGCCAAUCAAGAGGCCUCCGGCUCCCCGCAGCCCACAGCGCAGCCCGACCUUCUAGAGCCGCCGAGCAGACGCCCGGGGAAUUCUAGAGGCGGAGGAGGGUGGCGAGUAGCUCUCACUAGCUUUCCCUCGCUCCCUCCCUCACUCCCUCCCUCUCCUCGCCUACUCUGUCUCUGUCUCUSUCUCUCUCUCUCCUCUCUCUCCUCUCUCUCUCUCUCUCUCUCCCUCCUUUCCAUUUUUCCCCUCCGAAUCCUCCCUGCCCUGCGCGCCUGGACACAGAUUUAGGAAGCGAUUUCGCUCACGUUUUAAAGGACAAGGAAGAGAAGCAGGAGAGACCGGCCAGAUUCGGAUUGAAACCGAGACACCCUCCGGAGCUCGGAGCAGAGGAAGGAGGAGGAGGGCGAACGGAAGCCAGUUUGCUGUUCAAGUUUUGAUAGCGCUGGUAGAAGAGGCUUAAAUCAGUGUGUGUGUGCGUGUGUGUGUGUGUGUCUCUGUGUGUGUGUGGUUUUUUUCUUCUUCUGUUUUUAAGAAGAGACUUUUUCCGCACUCUCUGCUAAAGCCGAGUCUAGCUGCAGCAAAAGAGAGGAAGCUAGGAAGCGGGGGACGAAGAGGAAAAGGGGGAGAGUCUUCUAGGAGAACCGUUCGCAUUUGCAACAAAGGACCUGGGGGCUGGGGAGCGAUUCCGGGGACGCAGGGCUGGAGUGUCUAUUUCGAGCUCAGCGGCCGGGCUCCGGCGCUAGUCGAGACCCUGCUCGCUCGUCUGGCUUCGGAAACCGACUUCCAGGAGCGGCUUUUUAAAAUCACAAGGCACAAGGACUGUCACCCAGCGACUAUGUCUUCUGAUUUGUCGCCUUGUCCUCUUUAAAAGCGACAUUCCCCUCCCCAAAAGACAAUUUCCCCUCUUUGAAGUGAUUUACUUGUGAUUUCUUCCUCCUGUUUUUUUUCUUUUUGCGUUUUUAAAAAACUAUGUGCUGCUGUUGAACAACAACAACAAAAAAAGCAAAAACAAAACAAAAAAAUCAAGGCAGCAGCUGCGGACUUGUCCCCGCCUGGAGUGGAUGAGCCUCUCCAUGAGAGAUCCGGUCAUUCCUGGGACAAGCAUGGCCUACCAUCCGUUCCUACCUCACCGGGCGCCGGACUUCGCCAUGAGCGCGGUGCUGGGUCACCAGCCGCCCUUCUUCCCCGCGCUGACGCUGCCUCCCAACGGCGCCGCGGCGCUCUCGCUGCCCGGCGCCCUGGCCAAGCCGAUCAUGGAUCAAUUGGUGGGGGCGGCAGAGACCGGCAUCCCUUUCUCGUCCCUGGGGCCCCAGGCGCAUCUGAGGCCUCUGAAGACCAUUGAGCCCGAAGAAGAGGUGGAGGAUGAUCCGAAGGUUCACCUGGAGGCUAAAGAACUUUGGGAUCAGUUCCACAAGAGGGGCACCGAGAUGGUCAUUACCAAGUCGGGAAGGCGAAUGUUUCCUCCAUUUAAAGUGAGAUGUUCUGGGCUAGAUAAAAAGGCCAAAUAUAUUUUACUGAUGGACAUUAUAGCUGCUGAUGACUGUCGAUAUAAAUUUCACAAUUCUCGGUGGAUGGUGGCGGGUAAGGCCGACCCUGAGAUGCCAAAGAGAAUGUACAUUCACCCCGACAGCCCGGCUACCGGGGAACAGUGGAUGUCUAAAGUUGUCACUUUCCACAAACUGAAACUCACCAACAACAUUUCGGACAAACACGGAUUUACUAUAUUGAACUCCAUGCACAAAUACCAGCCCCGGUUCCACAUUGUAAGAGCCAAUGACAUCUUGAAACUCCCUUAUAGCACAUUUCGGACGUACUUGUUCCCCGAAACUGAAUUCAUCGCUGUGACCGCAUACCAGAAUGAUAAGAUAACUCAGUUAAAAAUAGACAACAACCCAUUUGCGAAAGGUUUUCGGGACACUGGAAAUGGCAGGAGAGAAAAAAGAAAGCAGCUCACCCUGCAGUCCAUGCGGGUGUUUGAUGAAAGACACAAGAAGGAGACAGGAACUUCGGAUGAGUCCUCUAGCGAACAGGCGGCCUUCACCUGUUUCACUCAGGCUUCCUCACCAGCAGUGUCCACUGUAGGGACAUCGAACCUCAAAGAUCUGUGUCCCAGCGAGGCUGAGAGCGACGCGGAGGCCGAGAGCAAAGAAGAACACGGCCCCGAGGCCUGCGACUCGGCCAAGAUCACCACCACCACGUCGGAGGAGCCGUGUCGCGACAAGGGCAGCCCGGCCAUCAAGGCUCACCUCUUUGCGGCGGAGCCCGGCGGCCGUCCCCGGGACAGCGGGCGGCUGGACAAGGCGUCGCCAGACUCUCGCCACAGUCCGGCCACCAUUUCCUCCAGCACCCGCGGUCUGGGCGCUGACGAGCGCCGGAGCCCGGGCCGAGAGGGCGCCGCCACGGCCAAGGUCGAGGAGUCGCGCGCGCUGCCAGGCAAGGAGGCSUUCGCGCCGCUCACCGUGCAGACGGACGCGGCCGCGCACCUGGCCCAGGGCCCCCUGCCCGGCCUGGGCUUCGCGCCGGGCCUGGCCAGCCAGCAGUUCUUCAACGGGCACCCACUGUUCCUGCAUCCCGGCCAGUUYGCCAUGGGGGGCGCCUUCUCCAGCAUGGCCGCGGGCAUGGGGCCCCUGCUGGCCACCGUGUCCGGGGCCUCUACUGGCGUCUCGGGCCUGGAAUCCUCGGCCAUGGCCUCUGCCGCCGCUGCGCAGGGACUGUCUGGGGCAUCCGCGGCCACCCUGCCCUUCCACCUCCAGCAGCACGUCCUGGCCUCUCAGGGCCUGGCCAUGUCGCCUUUCGGAAGCCUCUUCCCUUACCCCUACACGUACAUGGCCGCAGCAGCUGCCGCCUCCUCAGCUGCGGCCUCCAGCUCCGUGCACCGCCACCCGUUCCUCAGCCUGAACAGCAUGCGCCCGAGGCUGCGCUACAGCCCCUACUCCAUCCCGGUGCCGGUCCCCGACAGCAGCAGCCUGCUGGCUACCGCGCUGCCUUCCAUGGCGCCGGCCGCCGGGCCCCUGGACGGCAAGGCCGCUGCCCUGGCCUCCAGCCCCGCCUCGGUGGCCGUGGACUCAGGCUCGGAACUGAACAGCCGUUCCUCCACGCUCUCUUCCAGCUCUGUGUCCUUGUCGCCCAAACUCUGCUCCGAGAAGGAGGCGGCCACUAGCGAACUUCAGAGUAUCCAGCGAUUGGUCAGUGGCUUGGAAGCCAAGCCCGACAGGUCCCGCAGCUCGUCCCCCUAGACCCCCCUCCAGAAAAGUCUCUUCAUUCCAGUUCAGUCAAAUCUGCAGCGCACUUUGUUGGAUGUAAACUAAACCACGGGCCGUGGGGUUACCUACCCCCUUCCUUUUGCAGUGGUGUCUGGGAAGGGGCGCCGGACUUCCUUGAGAGAAUGUCCGAGAGACAGACCCUGUCGUCUUGGCAUGGUUUAUAGAUCUCGGAUCUGGCUCAGAUUCGGGGGGCUCAGAAACCACUGUUGCAUCGAGCCACCACCCGGUGGAAGCAUCGCAUCUGUGUCCUGAGACUGCUAUCCAGGCUGGUCUGGAAGCUGUGGCCCCAGGAAGAGGUAGCUGAGCCCUCCAGGGGGGAGAGGUGUUGAAAGGCAUUUCCCUCAAUGUGGAUUUAUAUGAUCUAUUUUUUUUCCUUUCACCGUGUCAAGUGGAAACAAA